AGACUCCGACAUCGAAGCUUCUGCCCAUGGCUAGCAUCCGCUGACGUGCUAAGACAAUCAGCAUGCACGGGCGUUGCGAAAUGACUCAUCUUUUGAGCUGAGCGCACGAGGAUGCAUAAAGCCGCCGCGAACAACGCUAUGUGGUAGCUUCGCGUGACGCCCGAUCAAGGAUCGCCCAGCUGGUUUACUCAUUUGCCACGAUAGUGUGAGUAGGACCCAGCACCCCAUCUAACCAAAGGGACAUGGCUACUCCCCUAUUGUCACGCGUCAAGCAGCACGACUAUCCUCGACUCUAUUCUCUCCUCUCGCCUUACCUCCCGCACUCUCUGACAAUCCUGGGGCCCUGCGAGCAACAUCGGGACACAUCGUUGAAGAUACCCCUUUGGGCAUCGUUCGCGGUGAACGAGGCACCGCCGGAGCUGUUUGCCCUGUUCACACUUGCUGGGCACCAAGCACGGUUCUUCUGCUCUGCAGAUCCGUCGGACGAACCGCCCACAUCGGAGCAAGAGAUCUUUGUAGCGUCGUUUGUGGAGGCCUCCCUGCGCGCUGCAUUCGACUACCUUGCAGAAACGGACGCAGUCGAAGAUUUCGUGCGAGAAUCCGCCCUCACUUUCGGGUCCAUUCACGACAAGUGGUCCCGUUGUCUCCGCGCGCUCCCCUUCGCGGGACAGUACUUCCCGGUCCUCAAAGUGUUGUUACCACCUUCUGCGGCGAGACAAUUCGCGGAGGGUGCGACGGACGACAAGCUACCUCCAGGUGCUCGCAUGACGAGACUGGAGACGGGGGAUCUAGAGAUGGCAGUGAGCUACAACAAGGUCCAGCGACCUGUCAAGUACGUGGAAAGCCGGAUAGACCAAUCCGUAUGCAUUCGCGUACCGGGCCCAGAUGGUGGAGAGGUCCCAGCCGGUUGGGUGCUCAUUCAUGCAGACUCCAGUCUGGGCCAGCUGCAUGUCGUCGAAGCCUUCCAACAUCGCGGGCUCGGUGGGCAACUCAUGCGACGGAUCGUUGCUCUGCGGCUGACAAGAGGAGGAAAGUGGACAGCGCGAGUAUCGGCGGGAGAACCGGAGGACUUCACAAAUGGAUGGCAGAUGCUCGAUGUAGUGGCAGGAAACACGGAGGCAGCUGCGUUCUAUGAACGACUCGAAGGAUGGGAGAAGGCUUGGGUGACUGCUUGGAUGAGAUUCACUGCACCGAGUUGAAGAAGUCAAUGAUCAUUGGACGAAAGUAUGAGGAGCGACAGGCUUUCGGAGUUCGAACUUUGUAAUGGUCGCUUGAGCUGCAUCUAAACGUCACUCAGUCUAA